GAGAGGACGGAAGCCUGUGGGAGCCCGUGGCCUUUAAAGUGCGGUUCAGUCCUUUCCUCCAGGGGUGGUUUGUAAACACCGCUGAGCUCGGGUCUCCCCAGCGACCGAAAGAAGCAUGAACUAGUGACCUGGAAAGGGAUACUUAGAUGGAAACUUGAGAAGCACCGCUUACUUGAUUAGAGUUGAGGGAUUCCUGGCAGAAGAGUAAAUAAAGCUCAUGGCCCACCAGCUAGAAAGUAUCCUUGCCAUGAAAAAGAGGACGUGAUAAGUUGUACAACUUAUGAAAUUCAAGUUACAUGUGAAUUCUGCCAGGCAAUACAAGGACCUGUGGAAUAUGAGUGAUGACAAACCCUUUCUAUGUACUGCCCCUGGAUGUGGCCAGCGUUUUACCAACGAGGAUCAUUUGGCUGUCCAUAAACAUAAACAUGAGAUGACACUGAAAUUUGGUCCAGCACGUAAUGACAGUGUCAUUGUGGCUGAUCAGACCCCAACACCAACAAGAUUCUUAAAAAACUGUGAAGAAGUGGGUUUGUUUAAUGAGUUGGCAAGUCCAUUUGAGAAUGAAUUCAAGAAAGCCUCAGAAGACGACAUUAAAAAAAUGCCUCUAGAUUUAUCUCCUCUUGCAACACCCAUCGUAAGAAGCAAAAUUGAGGAGCCCUCUGUUGUAGAAACAACUCACCAGGAUAGUCCUUUACCUCACCCAGAGUCUACUACCAGUGAUGAGAAGGAAGUACCAUUGACACAAACUGCACAGCCCACAUCAGCUAUCGUUCGUCCAGCAUCAUUACAGGUUCCCAAUGUGCUGCUUACAAGUUCUGACUCAAGUGUAAUUAUUCAGCAGGCAGUACCUUCACCAACCUCAAGUACUGUAAUCACACAGGCACCGUCCUCCAACAGGCCAAUCGUUCCUGUACCAGGCCCAUUUCCUCUUCUGUUACAUCUUCCUAAUGGACAAACCAUGCCUGUUGCUAUUCCUGCAUCAAUUACAAGUUCGAAUGUGCAUGUUCCAGCUGCAGUCCCACUUGUUCGACCAGUCACCAUGGUGCCUAGUGUUCCGGGAAUUCCAGGUCCUUCCUCUCCUCAACCAGUACAGUCAGAAGCAAAAAUGAGAUUAAAAGCUGCUUUGACCCAGCAACAUCCUCCAGUUACCAAUGGCGAUACUGUCAAAGGUCAUGGUAGCGGACUGGUUAGGACUCAAUCAGAGGAAUCUCGACCACAGUCAUUACAACAGCCAGCCACAUCCACUACAGAAACUCCGGCUUCUCCAGCUCACACAACUCCACAGACCCAAAAUACAACUGGUCGUCGAAGAAGAGCGGCUAAUGAAGAUCCUGAUGAAAAAAGAAGGAAGUUUCUGGAAAGAAAUAGAGCAGCAGCUUCAAGAUGCAGACAAAAAAGAAAAGUCUGGGUUCAAUCUUUAGAAAAGAAAGCAGAAGACUUGAGUUCAUUAAAUGGUCAACUGCAGAGUGAAGUCACCCUGCUGAGAAAUGAAGUGGCACAGCUGAAACAGCUUCUUCUGGCUCAUAAAGAUUGCCCUGUAACCGCCAUGCAGAAGAAAUCUGGCUAUCAUAAUUUCAGGUUUCAAACUGAGAAGUUUAUGCAUAAUCAAGUAAGGUAUGGUUGCCAGAAAAGCCUAAAAAUUACUACUUAGAAAAUUUAAGACUGUUUACCCCCGUUGUCUUGUACUUGCAAGCUAACUUGUACUUAUUCUUGUGAAAGCACUGUCAUCUUUUAGUAGCAAAUUUUGAUAACGUUUCUCGUGGGAAAAAAAUCAGUAUCUAUCUUUAGAACAAUGUAAUUAUAAUAUGGGAAACGAGUGCGUGAGAGUGAGAGAGAGUGUGUGUGUGUGGUGUCUGUGUGUGUGUGUGUGUGUGCACGCGUGUGUCUUUCAAUAGUUCAUGCCAGCAAUCUUUGCUUGAAUGUUUAAUGAUGCCUUCAGUGUGAUGCUGGCCAAUAGAUGAUUGCAAUUUAAGAUGUCAUUACUGUGCAGGCUUGGAUAACUAACAUUCCAUGAUGUAGUUUGUUUCUGAUGAGAUGAUUGUAGGUACACUUUUCUCAUUAUCCAGUCAUCUGUGGGAUACUGAGUUUUCUAAUGUGCCAUUAUCUAUUUUUAUUCUGCAGUUAUGUUCAAAAUACAGUACAAUAUUUUAAAAUAGACAAAAUUGUUAAAAAAUAAAAAUGUAGUAGACGUGUGUAAGAAAACUUUGUAAAAUAGUUAUGAGUCCUCCCCAGUAGCAACUUCUGGCAUUCGAGCAGGAUUCCAUUAUGUAAAUAUCUGUAAUGCAUUUCUAAUAAGUUGUGUAGUUCGUUCUGCAUCCAUACUACACUGUUUGCUAAAGUCUCAGUGCCAUCUCCUAAUGAGACUGACAUUUUAAAAACUGGUAUGGAAUAUCCUUGGUAAUUCAAGGAAAUAUUCCACCUGCCUAAGUUCCAAACUGGGAAACAUUCAGAUUAUACAAAUGACAUUUCAGGACUUUUAAGUAUGAAGAUAAUAGGAAUUUUAUUGUUUGGCUUAUUAAAAAUAUCAUUUUUGGUUGAUAAUUCUACUUCUAAAAUUUUUUUUAUUUUUAACUGAUUUUAUAAUUUUCCAGUAAUCAAUUUCUAAUCAUGAUUUUGCCAUAGUUAUGCUAAGGAGUUGAUCUCAAAGGCACAAAAUAUGAAUUCUGCAAGAAGGCUGUUUUUUAUUGUAGUUUGGAUGGAUUAGGAAAAGCCUCCAUUUUUCAAUCUCCUGGGUCAUUCAGUGCAUUUUUCUUAAAUUUUAUUAUUUAUGCAAGUUAAAAGUUCUUUGGUAACAGGAAUUCUUGCAAUUGUAAAAUAAAACUACAUAGAUGUAAGAAGUCAUGUAAACAGUUAAUGAGCUUAUUACCAAGGUUAGCAAAACUUUCAUUGUAAAUCAGUCUGUACUCAACAAAUAAAAAUCAUUAUUAGUUGUAUAAACACAAAUUUCAUUUUGACUUUCAGGAUGUCACACUACUUCUGUACCUAGCAUUUUGAGUCCUUAUAUUUGCAAUGUUACACAAACUGUACUAUUUUCUUUUAUGUGCAGUUUGCAUGAGUAAACCAUCAGAGAAUAAAUUUUAUCUUUAAAUUA